UUGAUUAAAGAUACGUUAAAUGCAUGUAGCAAAGAUCAAACGAAAGGUUGUUUUAAAAAGGCCUGCAUGCUACUUGGGGUCUAAAAACCAUGAUAUUUUUGGUAUUUUGCAACGGACUGAGGAAAUCUUCGAAGUAAUCAAACGUGGGAAAAAUCAUCGUACAUUUUAAAUCGGCGCGGCGUGGAUGUAUCUGCAUCAAUUGCCAGUCUAAAAUACCGAGCAGAUUGUUCCAAACAACGAAAACUUCGGAAGAAUGUACUCCCUCGCCCCGUGACCGAUGAUGCACCUUGCUUGGACCCAAUGGGAUCAUUGCCUGGACUGACGGGCAGCCGCAUCCUCAGGCUCGGACCCUCCCCCGGUGAGCACCGCCCCGGACGAUGGCCUGCGACGCGGAGUUCGACACGAGCUGCGUGAGCAUGCUCAACGAGACGCUGUCCGGCGGCGGCGGCGGGGCCCACGGCGGCAACGUCACCGACGCCCGGCCCAACAUCCUCCUCGAGAAAUGGGUCGUCUCCAUCGUCUUCACCGUCAUCUACGUCCUCGGCGUCGUCGGCAACGGCACCCUCCUCCUGAUCCUCGCCCGCCACAAGAACAUGCGCAACGUCCCCAACAUCUUCAUCUUGAGCUUGGCCGUCGGCGAUCUCCUCGUCAUCCUCAUCUGCGUCCCGUUUACCUCCGUCGUCUAUAUCACUGACUACUGGUCCUUCGGCGAGUCCGUCUGCAAGCUCCUGGAGACCUCGAAAGACAUCUCGAUCGGCGUGUCCAUCUUCACGCUGAUCGCCCUGAGCGCGGACCGGUUCUUCGCCAUCGCGAACCCCAUGCGGAAGCUCAACUCCUCGAUGAACGGGCGACGCGCCACCCGGUGCACCCUCCUCAUCGUCGUCUUCAUCUGGCUCAUGGCGGCCGUGUUCGCCCUCCCCGCGGCCACCUUGUCCUUCCUCGACGAGAAGACGAACCCCAACCGGACCAAGAUCGUCCUCGUGUGCUACCCCUACCCGCGGGACACGAUCUUCGGCGAGUCCUACCCCAAGAUGAUGGUCCUCUUCAAGUUCCUCAUCUACUACGCCAUACCGCUCAGUAUCAUCGCCUGCUUCUACACCUCCAUGGCCAGGCAUCUGCUCAUCUCCACGCGCAACAUGCCCGGCGAGAUCUCCGGACAGGUCCGGCAGAUCCGAGCCAGAAAAAAGGUAGCGAAGACGGUGCUGGCGUUCGUGGUGCUGUUCGCGAUCUGCUUCUUCCCGCAGCACGUGUUCAUGCUGUGGUUCUACUUCUACCCGGACGCCCCGAUGCACUACGACGACGUGGCCCACUACUCCCGGGUGGUGGCCUUCUGCCUGAGCUUCCUCAACUCGUGCAUCAACCCGGUGGCGCUCUACUGCGUCAGCGGCACCUUCCGCAAGUACUACGACCGCUACCUCUUCUGCUGCUGCCGCCGGGGCCGCUACGUCUCCCACGGGAGCAAGAAGAACUCCCAGUACACGUUCAAGAAGCGCCAGUCCGAGUCGGCCCUCCUCCCGACGCAGAUCUACACCUCCUGUCGCAACGACCCCAUCGUCGAGACCACCCUCUCGACCAUCGUCAUCAACGGCAUCGACUCCAAGCCCCAGCACGUAUGACCGCCAGGGUUCCCCUUCAUCAAGUGCAGGCUCAUGUGAUUCUCCACUCAGGAGAAUUCGCAACAACCGCAUUGUUCUCUCUUGAAGGGUGGAAAUUCAUUGGCGGAUCCUGCAAUUGGCAACAUUGUCCAGGGUUGCCUCAGUCAGGGAAAACCGGGAAAUAGUAGUAUAGUACACAUCCAACAUUUCAGU